AGGUUCGAGUGCAUUCUGUUUUUAAAAAUGGCGGAAAACUUCACGGGAUGUUAGUUUACUCUGUUAUGGUUGAUAUUAGGUGCACUCAUGUCGUUUCAGGCAAAAGGUUGUAGUACUCAAUGGCUGUGUUUGAGAAGAAACUUCGAAGAAAAGUAUUUUUAGAUGAUACUCAAGUGUUGACAUGUAGUUUUGAGAAUACACAGAACAUCCAGGGACACACGGAGUAUAUCAUACGUGUUCAGCGUGGACCAUUACCAGACAAGACAUGGCACAUAUAUAAGCGAUACAAUGAUUUCGUUUCUCUCCAUAAUUUACUUCAGGUCUCUGGGCUUAACCUCCCUCUUCCUCCAAAGAAACUCAUUGGAAAUAUGGGAAGAGAAUUUAUAGCUGAAAGACAAACCGGGCUUCAGAAUUAUUUAAACUUGGUCCUAAUGAAUCCAAUUUUGGCAUCGUCAUUGCCUGUGAGGAAAUUCCUGGAUCCUGAUAACUAUUCUACACCAUUCCAAGAGGUGGCACUACAGCAUGUAUCAAUGACACUUAGAAGUGAGAUGAAUUAUGAAGUAGUAAAACCUGUGCCAGAAAUUGGAUGGAGGUUGCGGAAACAUUACUUUCUUGUUAAAAGCCGUGUUAAUCCAAAACAAGAAAUGUUGCUGUCAUGGGUAGAGCAUGGACCAGACAAGUAUCUAGAGGACCGUGAUUUACAGGGGGUAUUCAAGAGCAUAUCAAAUCUUCAGCAUCCUUAUAUUGAAAGAAUUGAGUUCCUGAACUGCAAUGAAGUUGGAGGGUUUGUGGUGCGUGAACUGAACAAUGCAGGAAGCUUACGGGAUCUUCUGUGCGCUGCAAAACCAAAGCUGCAGUUCAUGAAGAAAUAUGGCAACCCAAAACAGUACAAACCUCUGUCUCUAAGUGACAUGGCAUGCUUUGGGCGGCAAAUUCUUGAAGUGCUCAGAUUCCUCAGUGAAAAGGGACUUCCUUUUGGUCACCUCCAUACCGGUAAUAUCUUGCUGGAAAAUGGUCACGUGAAGCUCUUGGAUAUCGAGAAUGGUGUUCUGGGUCUGCCAUCUUACUACAGGCCAUAUUUUGUCCAGCAUAAGAAGAUACAUACCCUGGAGGCCAUUGAUGUGUAUUGUUUUGGUCAUGUUCUGUAUGAGAUGGCAUUUGGCCAUCCUCUGCACGAAUCUGUCUGUGAUAUUUUCCCUUCAAGCUGUCCCCCUUUAUUAAAGUCUGUUUUGGAAUCUGUCCUGUCCACUGAAGCAUGUAAAGGUGGAUUGCCAACAAUAGCAGCUCUUCUGACACACCCCUUCUUUAAUAGCACUGAACUAGCAUCCUCACACCAACUCACCAACUCCACACAGUCUGACCGGCCACACCUCAAGUUCUCGUCACAUGUCAAAGAAGCUUUGAAAGUAGCUCAUCAGAAGAUUGAGACACGAUUAAAGGACGAGCAGAAAAUGGUGAGGAAUCAAAAAAGACUUGCCAGAGUUCAGGAGCUUCUUAGUAAUGAGGAAGAGAAGAAGAAGAGAAAGCAAAAGCAGCUUCAGAAGCAACAACAUCAACAGCAGCAGUUAAUACCAAAUGGGAAAUCUCCAGAGCGAUCUGAAAGCCCCAAUAGUACCAGCACUGCUACAUCAGCUGGUACAGUGACCCCACCCUCAGGUUUAAUUGAGUUUUCCCCUCCGCCUCCCCCUUCAGUCCCCUCAACACCAUUGCCAGUGCAGUUGGUGCCAAGUGUAGCAUCUGAACGGACUGCUCUGCUGGGAUCCAUAUGUAAUUUCAACAAGGCAACCCUCCGUAGAACAGAUGCCACAGCAUCAGCCAACAGUUUGCAUCAGGGCCACAUAUUGCCAUGAAUGAGUGUCUCUGAAGUAUACAUUUUUAAACAUGUAUGAAAAAUAUAUCACCAGAGUUUUGCAUUGAAUUUUUAUAUUAGGUGUUAAAUGCAACUUUAAGUGAUUCUACAGCAAAGUAAGGUAAUUCUUCUUUAUGUUUUUAUUACUUGCUGUUUAAGUGUGUGUAAGUGUAAAAUAUUUGUUUUGCAGAGGUUCAUUCUGUUCCAAAAUUCCAUGCCCUGAAAAUUACUUUUUCUUGAGGUAUUAGAUUGAACUGGAGCUUGCAUGAUGAAAUACUCGAGGCUUAUGACAGUUUCUUCAUUAGAAAUACUACGGACGUGAUUUGAGUGAAAAUUCUUAGCAGAUAAAAGUUUGAACUGUAAAAUCAAGCAGCUUCUCAAGAAACUUGUUAACAAUUUUCAAAAUUCAUAAUUAGACAUCUCUAAUUUUAAAAAGCUCCAAUUUUUUAAUCAUCUUGGAGGAUAAAUUAAUUUCUGAAACUUGAUUAGAUGCCUUUUGCAUUUUUAUUGAGAUCUUUAAUUAUAUUAAUUGUGGUAG